UCUUGGAACCAAACCCCAGCGUAUAACAAGGAUCCACUGUAAUAUCUUGUAAGAGAUGCAUGUUGGUGAGAGAAAACAGGCUGUGUAUCCUUGCUGAAUGGCAAACCUAAAAUCAGUGCUAUGUAAUGUGUAAAACAGCUGAAUGGUCAUUUAAGCCAAAACAAUCCUCCCCACAUUCCCCAUCUCAUUCAAGAGGCAGCUAUAUCCAUACUCUCCCAACAUUUAACAGGUGAAAACCAGGACAUGUGGUCAAGCAGCAUCAAUUGGGAAAAGUUAUUAAUGAGAAGAACUUUGGCUUUUCUCGGUUAACUGGGAGGGGGCAGACCUAGAGGCCAUACAAAAACCCCUCUAGAUCACAGGAAUCCAGUGGGCUUCAUAGCUCUCGUCCUUGAUUUAAAGGCGAAGCAAACUCUCUGCAUCACUGUCAUUACUUACUGUCAUUACUGUUUGUUGCCAAGUUACUGCCUUUGUUCAUGGGGCAAGCUGUCCAAAGGAAUAAUUAAUCCAGCCUUGCCCACUUACUUCCUUGUUCCUUGUUCCCUCUGAUGAGAAGUAUAAAGUGCGCAGAGCAAGAAAUGUAACCUGCAGCCAUGGCUGAUAAUUGGAAAAACCUUUCGAGGAACCGAGAAGGUCAAGCAGAGUCCAGUUGGGGUGGCCAUGGACCCCCAUCUUUAUUUCUCCAGCUGCCAAGCAACCAGACAUUACGUUUGCGUGGCAACAAGGCAGCGGAUUGGGGGGCAGCUUGGGAGAAGACUUCAGAGCCUCCUGUUGAUCCUCAGGAACUCAUCCCAGAAUUUGUGUCAGGGGAGGAAGAGGAAGACAGCAAGCCUUUAAAAGAGUUGCCCCUAUCCCUUGGGGAAAAACGAAAACUCAGAGUUCUGCAAGAACAGGCAGUCAGUAGGCUCAGUGGUUGGGAGCUAUGGCACAUGGAGAAACGGCGGGCACUACGUCGCCUCAGAAGCCAGGCAGGAACAGUGAUCUCAUACGCUGAGAUGUGGCGGAGUGCACUACACCACAUUGGAGGCCAUUUUGGAACAGGGAUCCAGUCCUACUUUAACUUCCUGCGUUUCUUGGUUCUGAUGAAUUUUGUUGCCUCUCUGCUGGUGGUGGGAUUUGUGGUCGCUCCAAAUGCAGCGUUCGAGAACUUGCAUCUCAAUCGGACAAGUCAACAGAACAGCAGUUGGGUUAAUGCAACAUGUCUGCAUUACAACCCUUCUCCACAAGGAUUGGUCAGCUACUUUUCCUACAUCAUGGAUCUUCUAUCAGGCCAGGGCUUCAUGGAGCUCACCUACAUGUUCUAUGGCUACUACCAAAAUUCAGCUGUUGAUUUUGUUGGCUUCUCAUAUAAUGUCCCCCUUGCAUAUCUGCUCACAGUGCUUUUCUACCUUCUCUUCUGCCUGGCAUGGAUUGUCCGGAGGUCAGUCUAUAGUCUCAAACGCAGCCUGGUUAGUGAAGACGCUUCCCUUGGAUCUUACAGUGAUAAAAUCUUUGCUGGCUGGGAUUUUGGCCUGAUGCAAGAGAAGAUGGUACAGUUAAGGCACAAGAGUAUUCGCUAUGAACUGAGGAUGGACCUAGAGGAAGCAGCACUCCGCAAGCACCAGGCAGAACAAACCACAGCACAGCGAGUCUGUCUUUAUGCUCUCAGAGGUCUGAUCAACAUCCUGGUUUUGGGGCUGCUGGGAGCAUCAUUUUAUUGCAUCUACCGGGCAACAGAUUAUUCUCAGUGGCUACUGGGAAGGACAGACUCCCCAAUCAAAGGUCAGUUCUUCCUGGAGCUCCUGGUGGCUUAUCUUCCAUCGAUUGUCAUCACAGUUGCCAACCUCAUUGUCCCGCUAAUCUCCGAGGGCAUCGUCCGAUUAGAGAAAUACCCUCUUAGCUUUGAAAUCAAAAUAACACUUCUCAGGAAUGUUUUUCUGCGUAUUGCAAGCUUGGUGGUUGUCCUUGUCUCACUCUGGGUCCAAAUUACUUGUAAUGGGGACCCAGAGAAAUCAGAAUGUCGGAACUGUGGCUAUAACAAUCAGCUUAAUCCGUGCUGGGAAACUUCCGUGGGACAGGAAAUGUACAAGCUGAUGAUCUUCGACUUGCUUAUCAUGCUGCUUGUUGUGAUAUUAGUAGAAUUUCCAAGAAAGAUGUUGGUAACUUUCUUGCCCUCCUGUCCAUUGCUGAAAUUGUUGGGGCAACAGGAGUUUAUGGUGCCCUCCAAUGUCCUGGACCUGGUGUAUGGGCAGACCCUGUGCUGGACAGGGGCUCUUUUCUGUCCCCUACUGCCUGUACUCAACACUGUCAAAUAUAUUGCUGUCUUCUACCUGAAAAAGCUCACCCUCUUUGCUAACUGCCGCCCUGCUGACCGGACCUUCCGUGCCUCCAGCUCCAAUUUCUUCUUUCUCUUGGUUUUGCUCUUGGGUCUGACAAUUUCCUGCAUUCCUGCCCUAUACAGCAUGUUUGUCAUGCGCCCUUCCAAGGCUUGUGGCCCAUUCCAGGGUGAGCCCACCAUGUGGAACACUGUCAGCAGUGCUAUAUCAGAAUUACCCAACACUGCCAGGGUCUUCCUUGGAUUUGUGGGCUCUCUAGCAUUUGCUGUUCCUUUGUUCCUGAUACUGAGCAUCCUCAUGUUCUACCUUAAGGCAUGGGCUGACUCCUAUAGCUCUGUGGUCAAAGGCCUCAAAGGACAGCUCCGUCUGGUGGGCCAAGACAAGCUAUUCCUAGUGAAACAGAUCUCUGAGCUGAGCCAAUGAAACAGAAGCUUGUGCAACAAGAUGCAUCUUUUCUUUCUGGAAAUAAUUUAAAGAUAUCAUUGCGUGUGUGUGUGUGAUUUACUGUAUUGAUUCUCCAGUUCUUGACCAUCGUUCAAGUCCUGGAUGCUUCAAACCUUGUCUGUUUUGCAGUUCUCCUAAAAAUGGUUUCUGGCCACAUUUGUUCUUCCAUAUGUGUAUUUUUAAAUCUUGUGAGGGGCAGAAUAUGUCCUGUUGUGCCAACCUUGUACCAUAAUGUGAUGUGAUCCUUCUAGAUAUAGUUACCAUAUUGGAGUUUGAAUUGUAACAUUCCACUUUGUACAUUGUUGUGUUAGGUAGGGCUUGGCAUUAUUUGAGUAAGUAGGGUAUUAUGAUUAGAUGUAUUAGUUUUAAGGAUGAAGGGAGGGAAUAAUGGGAUUUGUUUUACUGUGUUGUAUGUUUCAUUGUUGUAAGCCGCUUCGAUCUUAUUGAAGAGGUGGGAUAGAAAUAAAUUUUAUUAUUAUUAUUAUUAUUAUUAUUAUGAAUAAAAGAUUAAGCAUUCACAUUCAGAAUCAAAAUUCUGCUAAACUUUGACACUUGUAUUGAAGAUGUGAAACUUCCAAACUUUUACGGUAAUUGUUGUUUUCAUAAAAAGAUGCAUAAAUGCUGAGACUCUGGGAACAAAACUAAGAAAAUAUUGAUUCAAAAUCUUGUAAG